AUGGAUCCUGCUGAGCUGGAAGCCACCUACACCGACGAAGGACAUCUUAGCUAUGACUUUGGCGAGAACGAUAACGACGAUUACCCAGGCAGCGAGGAUAACCAAAGUGGUGAAGACGGAGACGCCAAUCGUGAAAGCGAUGACGCUGGUGAAGCUCUCGACAACGCUUCGGUAGAUGACAUGGAUAUCGAGCUUAGCGACGAUGUUGUCAGCGACAGCUCCCCCAUUGCAUCCAGUGAUGACGACCAAGAAGAUGAACAAGAAGCAGAAUCUGAGACUAUUAGCGUGGAAAACAACGACAGCGGCUCAGAUGAGGAGCGUAGUGAGGUAGUGGGUGACGACAUUGGCGCAGAUGACGAUGCCGAAUUGAUCGAUGAAGAAGUUGUCGACACAGCCAGCGACAAGAGCAGCUUAGACAGUGAAGCAAAUGAUACGAGCGAAGAAGGAGCUACAGUAAAUACCGCAGCAGAGUCUGUGGGAGAGAUUGGCAUAUUCGACAAGGACAGCACUACACAUCAAGAGCACGACAGCAUUUUGACGAGUACGCGAAGUGCUUCAAGGGGUUGGGUGCAAUUCCUGAAAGGACAGAGUGCUAUAAAUGUGCCCCCUGAGACUACCUACCAAGCAUAUCAGCCGACCAACAAUGAUCAAUCGAAGAAUACCUACCAAUCGUUCAACAACCAUCGGACAGCCGACAAGAACCGGAAGAAAAUUGUACGAUCUCUUCCUGAAGCACCGGCCCUGCUAGACACGUCGAGCCUCCAUAAAAGUCAUACAUCAGCUGGCGUGCAGAAUCCCACAGGCUCAAAGAAAUUAGCGUCCAAAAUGCUGAAAGAUACCGUUCUCAAAAGCACCACUCUCGGGACCACUGAGGCGAGCCCCAUGACAUGCAGAAAGCCUAAAGGCAAACAUUUCAAACUACCUAUUUACGCUAAACGUCAUCGAACAUCAGAAAAAACCAGGAAGUUUGAAUUCAGCAAUGAAACUGAUGGGGUUCACGAGCUCUACGUUCCGGAUGGAUCAGCUCAGCUGACCGAAGCCACCAGAAUGCCUGAGGCAGCGAGAAACUCUCCUGUGUUCCACGAGAUGGAGAGUAUGCCCGUAUUAACUGCCAGUCACAAAGCCAGCAAGGCAAAGCAGCAGCCUACGGUUCAUGAGCUGGAAGGAGCUCUCUGUCACGUUCCCAACAAUUCAAAGCAAAAUGUUACGAUUCAUGAAUUGGAGGGAGCCACCAGUCAGACCCUCAAAAUCACCAGGAAGCAUUCUACGAUACAUGAACUGGAUAGCGUUGCUGCGGUGUCUAAGAAGACUGGGCAACAAUCCACACCCUGCGAACUGGAAUAUAUUCCUGUGACACCCAACAACCGUAUUCCAACGAAGCCCAAGGAACGUACAGCGACCCAUGGAUUGUAUGGUGUGCACGAAGUAGCCUUUGGUCGCACUACCGACAAUGGCGAAAAACAACCUCACAUGUUUGGAAUGGAUGGCGCACCACUUACAAAUGACAUCCACAGCCCUGCCAGUCAUCACAAUAGCACAACCACGGGCAGCAAGUCCGGCGCUACGAUAUUGUCUGACCAACCCCCACUUUGCUCUCGUACCCAUUCCCCUUCCAUAACAGCCAGCGACACAGAAGAAACUUGGAUACCUACUAACUUCUCCAACCCCCCUACGGUUCUUCUCAAUGGCAUCUUCGCUGGAGUAAUGAUGCGGAGGAGAAACUCUACGAGGAGUAUAUUUGAUCACGACGCGCACGCAAUAAUCGGCUUCAGCCUAACGGAUGAGCGCGGCAAACGGUAUGAGGAGGUUGGGAUGCAGAAGUACAAGACGUCCAAGGAUGGCCUUACACUGUGGUGGAAGCCUUACUCGCCAUCGGCGGACUACUUUGAUAGCGAUGACGAAGUUGAGUGA